AUCUCCAGCACAGGGUUAAAUUUCAGGACUCUGCUAAUCCCAGAAGAAAAAGGCAAAGCAACUCAAGCUUGAAGAAAUGAAAUCCCCAAGGAGAACCACGCUGUGCUUCAUGCUUCUUGUGAUUUAUUCUUCCCAAAUUACCCUGAUCUUGAAUUUAGAGUCUAUUGUUCGUCCUUUGAUUCUCCCUGACCUGGAGUCAGCAGAGCAGGAGGCGCUGAGGCAAAAACGAGCGGUUGCUUCAGGUAGUCCUGCUUUCAAAGAUUAUACUGUUGAUAUUGAGGUCAGUUUUGAAAAUGCCUCAUUCCUGGAGCCUAUCAGAGAUUACUUGCACAGUCUCAGCUUUCCAGUUCAACGUAAUGGCACAGACCUGACUACCAACAUUUUGAACAUAGCGGUAACAACAGUCUGCAGACCUGCUGGAAAUGAAAUCUGGUGCUCGUGUGAAAAAGGCUACCAGUGGCCUCCGGAAAGAUGCCUCCAUAAUCUCACUUGCCAAGAGCAGGACAGCUCUUCAGGGCACCCUUGCCAUUGCCUUAAAGGACCACCUCCCGAGGGACCUUUUUGUCAGCUCCGGGGAGAUGUCACCCUGAGAAUGUCGGUCAGACUCAAUGUGGGCUUUCAAGAAGACCUCAGGAAUUCCUCCUCUGCCCUCUAUAGAUCCUACAAGACUGACUUGGAAUCAGCAUUCCAGAAGAGUUACCGUAUCUUGCCAGGUUUCAAACUGGUGACGGUGACAGGGUUCAGGCCUGGGAGUGUGAUGGUGACCUAUCAAAUUCAAACUGGAACAGCAUCACCUGAAUUAAUUCAUAAAGCCAAUGAGCAAGUGAAACAGAACCUCAAUCAAACCUACAAAAUGGAUUACAGCUCCUUCCAAGCUGUCAAUAGUAAUGAAACAAAGUUCUCUGUUAUACCCGAAAUCAUCUUUGAAGGGGAUACAGUUACUCUUGUGUGUGAAACUGAAAUUCCAUCCUCCAACGUGUCCUGGCACCAUGUCCAGGGUCGCUCAGACAUUCAAAACAGCAGUCAGUACGAGGUUUAUACUUCUGUGCUCAACAACAUGACCUCCGUGUCCCGUCUCACUAUUUAUAACAUCACUAAAAGAGAUGAAGGUGAAUAUACUUGCAAACUGACAGUAGACAUUUUUGAAUAUGAGUCCAGAAAAAAAAUAAAAGUUUUACCCAUCCGUGUCGUGGCAAUUCAAGAAAUGAAGGUGACUUGCAACAAUAACCCUGCAUCUUUGAACUGUUGCAGUGAGAUUAAUGUUAACUGGAGUAAAAUAGAAUGGAAACAGGAGGGGAAGAUCAGCAUUGCAGGAAUCGCUGAGACAGAUUCAGACUGCAGCAGAUACACCUUCCAGGCUGAUGGAACCCAAUGUCCCAGCGGGUCCUCUGGCACAAUUGUGAUCUACACAUGUGAGUUCAUCAGUGCACAUGGAGCCAGGGGCAGUCACAGCAUAGAAGUCACGUUCACAUCUGUGGGAGAUAAUUCCAGCCACAAAGGGGAAGUGCACGUGAUGGAAGUGAGUUCAGUUCAGAGCACCACCGCGAACAGCCUAGAAACAAGUAAAGCCCGGGAGCAGCAAGCCAACCUUACAAUAACCCUGGACCCAAUUUCUGUUUCUGAGGGGAAAAAGUUUUCUCUAACAUGCAUCAGUGAUGUGAGUAACUAUGAUGAGGUGUACUGGAACACUUCUACUGGAAUUAAAAUACUCGAAAAGUUUUAUACCUCACGGAGCUUUCCUGAUGGAGCAGAGUCUGUGCUGGCAGUCGAGACCGCCACCACGGAGUGGAAUGGAACCUACCACUGCAUAUUUAGAUAUAAGAACUCAUACAGUAUCACAACCAAAGAUGUCACCGUUCAUCCUCUCCCUCUGGAAUCGGACAUCAUAGUUGAUCCUUUAGAAGCUGCAUUCCUAUGCGAAAAUAACCAUGAGUUCCAGUGCUGUGUAAAAGAGGAUGAAGACUACAAAGUAAUGGUCCAGGUGAAUUCCUCGAAUUCUUCGAAUUCCUCAUCCUUUCCUGCUGAAAAAGAAGUUAAAGACAGACAAGUGUGCUACAAAUAUAAAUUUCAGCCAAAUUUGGGUCCUUGGUAUCCACAAGAUGUUGAGGUGGUCUGUCUCUUUACCAAUGCUGCCAAAGGUUCAGUCAAGAGCCCCUCAAUGAAGCUUCAUCUGAUACCUGAGGGAAACUUCGCAUGUAAGGAUCCCAACUUAGGUGUCGGGAAGCCUGGGAAAGUUGUUCAGCAGUCGUGUGGGUUCUCCAAUGUUACCCAAGAUUGGUUUGGUGGAAACAUAACCUACAAAUGCGUAGGCUCCCAGUGGAAGAUGAAGAGCAACAACUGUGUCUGGAACUCAAUAAACAACCUGUUCCAGCAGGCCAAGGCUUUGGUCGAGAGCCCCUCUCUAUAUGAAAAGCUCCCUAAAUACCUGCAGGAUCUUUACACUAACACAAGCAAGAUGGAACAUGAAGUCAGCCCUUCGCCUGGGAAUCUGGCAGCAGUUAUCAACAUCCUUGACAUGCUCUCAACAGUUACAACCCAAGUGAACAUAGAUAUGAUGAGACAUGUUCUUGCCACGGUUAGUGUCCUACUCGGAAAGUCCAUGUUCAGUACCUGGAAGGAGUUACAACAGCAACAGACCAACCAGAGCUCACGGUUACUGGAUUCAGUGGAAAGAUUUUCCCGAGCGUUAUGGACAGAGGACAGCACUUUCCAGCCCAUCAACCAAACCAAUGUGCAGAUGAGAGGCAUGGUGAUAAAAGGCUCCAAAACCUACACACCGAAAUUUGUUUUCUCAGACUCUAACCUCUGGGGCAACGUGGCAGUUGAUGAGUACCAGCUGGGAAAUCUGCAGACAAAUUCAACUAUUGUCACCAUGGCUUUCCCAACUCUCAAAACCAUCCUUUCCCAGGAUGCUCAAGGACAGAGCUUUGCAAACAGCUUAGUGAUGACAACCACAGUCAGCCACAAUCUAACCAUGCCAUUCCAAAUAUCAAUGACUUUUAAAAUCAACAGACCUUCAGGCAGCAAACCACAGUGUGUCUUCUGGAACUUUAAUCUCACCAAUUACACAGGAGGCUGGGACAGCAGUGGGUGCCAGAUGGAAGAAGUCCACAGAGACAUCAUCUCCUGCAGCUGCAACCACUUAACGUCAUUCUCCAUCCUCAUGUCCCCUGACUCCCCAGACCCUGAUUCGCUCCUGAAAAUACUGCUGGAUAUCAUCUCCUACAUUGGGUUGUGCUUUUCCAUCCUGAGCUUAGCAGCCUGUCUCAUUGUGGAAGCGGUGGUGUGGAAAUCGGUGACCAAGAACCGGACUUCCUAUAUGCGCCACAUCUGCAUUGUGAACAUUGCCGCCUCCCUGCUGGUGGCUGACACCUGGUUCAUCGUGGCUGCUGCCAUCCAUGACAACUACUACCCACUCAAUGAGACAGCCUGUGUGGCUGCCACCUUCUUUAUCCACUUCUUCUACCUCAGUGUCUUCUUCUGGAUGCUGACUCUGGGCCUCAUGCUCUUCUACCGCUUGGUUUUCAUCUUACAUGACACCAGCAAGUCCAUUCAGAAGGCAAUUGCCUUUUCUCUUGGCUAUGGCUGUCCUCUUGUCAUCUCAGUCAUCACCGUGGGGGCCACCCAGCCGCAGGAAGUCUACACAAGGAAGAAUGCCUGUUGGCUUAACUGGGAGGAUACCAAGGCCCUGCUGGCUUUCGUCAUCCCAGCGUUGAUCAUCGUGGUGGUGAAUAUGACCAUCACUGUCAUCGUCAUCACGAAGAUCCUGAGACCUUCCAUUGGUGACAAGCCAAGCAAGCAAGAGAAGAGCAGCCUUUUCCAGAUCAGCAAGAGCAUUGGGGUCCUCACACCACUCUUGGGGCUCACCUGGGGUUUUGGUCUUGCCACUGUGUUCCAGGGGAGCAACGCUGUAUUCCAUAUUGUAUUUACCCUCCUCAAUGCCUUCCAGGGAUUAUUCAUUUUACUCUUUGGAUGCCUCUGGGACCAGAAGGUGCAGGAAGCUUUACUGAAUAAGUUUUCACUGUCAAGAUGGUCUUCACAGAACUCAAAGUCCACAUCCCUAGGUUCAUCUACACCUGUAUUUUCUAUGAGUUCCCCAAUAUCAAGAAGAUUUAACAAUUUAUUUGGUAAAACAGGAACAUACAAUGUUUCCACCCCAGAAACAACCAGCUCAUCCCUGGAAAAUACAUCCAGUGCUUACUCCUUGCUCAACUAAGAACAGAAGGUCCAAUCCACAUGACUUCUUGGAAACAGUGGAUGUUCUGAACAGGAGAUCCUUUCAACACUAUGGGUAAAAUGUUUUCUCCACAGGCUUCUGGGAGCAGAUGUUAAAAAGACUUUUCACAAAGGCAGAGGCUUUCUUUUGUAAAGACAGACUAAGAGUAAUUGUUACUCAUGUUUUGCUGCCCCACCUUCCUCCCUAUGUGAUAGCAAAUGUGUAUAGUAUUUAAGUGAUGCUCAUGUAUCCCAAGGCCCAACUUCUCUGCCUCUAUUGUAAAACAGAAUUUCAAAGUGACACUUCCACUUUUCACAUAUUGGGCACAGAGAUAAGCUUUGAUUAAAAUAAUAAAUAAAAGGCUAGUACCUAGACAUGCUUCAGUGAAGUCUAGAAAGACUAAAUGGAUAAACGGAAGGAAGGAAGAAAAACAAAGGGAGGGAGGGACAGAGGAAAGAAGAAAACAGGAAGAAAAAGAAAAAGUAGAGAUAGACUUCUGAAUGGACCCUAUUUGAGGAUUUCAUGUUAAUGAUCUAAUCUAAUUGCAGAUCAUCUAAUUUAAUUCUCUGCAACCUGAGAAUUAAAAAGUGGCUCAAGAAUGAAAACUGAAAAGCAAGCCUCAGGGAAAGUUUGCUAUUACAAUACCCAAUCUUCACUAAGAGCGAAAUGGGGAAGCAGCAGCACAAUACAGAGGAAAUGACAUCCUUGGGAUGCUUUUAAGUGGGUCACAAUAUGUAGGGGAGGUAGGGGCCGAGACGGGGCUCCCCUGAGGCUGGGCACACGCAUUUACUUGGUAUGUUUUGGUCUAAGCUAAGUGAGUGAGCAUGCAGAGGAAGUGUGGUAGCUCUGUCCCAUCCCUGAGAUUAGUCAUCUGGAUUCACUUUUAUCAUGCAUCAGUAAAGGCUCACAUUUUGGUUUGCUCCACAAUUUGAAGCAAAAGGUCUAUAUAUUUGUAUAUCCAUGAAUUGCCAAUUUUGAUAUAUUGCACUGAAAACAGAUUCCAACUGUCUUAUAUUAUAUUUAACAAUGUUAACCAGGUACUUCUCUGUGCAUUAUAGAAUAGAUUUAAAUAACUUCAUAGCAUUGUAUAUUAUUGUCAUUGUUAAUGAAGACAUGGAGGCCUUGGCGUGUUGUAUGGCUCUCUGUGUGUUAGUUCUCUCAGUCCUCAAUUCCCCAGACCAACGUGCAUUAAGAAUUUUGUGUGGUCUAAUCAGUGUUUAUUCUAACCAUUUGGGAAACUUCCAGAAAAAAACUUUUACCGCCGGCUAGUCUAUGCUCUAAAGGGUAUUACCUUGAUGGACAGAUGAUGCAGCUUUUCCCCAAGGAUUUGGUUGGUUGUGAAUUGUGUGUAUAUGUAUACAUUUCAUGAAAAUACAAGUAUUUAUUAAAAUUGCAUACAAUUAAAGUUAAUCAUGUGCAGUAGCUACAGCAACCAUAGAUUCCAAGUCAAUGUCUGAUCCCAAGGAGAAAAUGAGAAAGAAUAAAAAUAUAGGCUACUCUGGGAAUGUGGGCUCUACAUUCUCAUUCAGGACCGUGAGUCCAGAUGGGCCCAGUCACCAGGAAGACUGGACAAGAGCAGCCAGACUCAACAGUCAUUUAUUAAGAUUCAAAAGUGUCCUUCUCAUGUAUGAACUUUCUAAAACCCCUUCCUUUUAUUUGUAAUUUUGAGCUGUCCUUCUGCCUCUUUUCUUCAUGGGGGAGGGGAGAUGAGGCAGAAGGAAGCCCCAACAAUGUUUUUCCUCAACGAACAUUGUUUCUUCCUAUUCUCCAAUGAUGGAGACAUCCUCCAUUUGCUUGAAAACUACCGCAUUGUUAUCCCAGUUGGAUAUCUCAUGAAGUCCCUAAGAGAAGUGAUCGCUGGGUGAUAAAAUUCUCCUUGUCUAAAGGACUUUGGACAGAGUUCAGUACUGAGAAGACAGAGCCGAGAUUAGGUCUGAGGAUUUACUGACUAAGGAAUAGAUAGGAGAAGGAGGGGGCAGGACAAGGGGAGAUAGAAAAAUAGAUGUCAGAGAAAGAAUAACUUUGACUAGUUUGGUCCCUGGUGUUCAAAUCAGGAGUUUAAAGCAGGAUUAUAACUUGGUCCUCCUGACACCAUCUGCCAAGGAAAGCCAGGCAUUCUGGAGAAGGUGUGGUUCUCAUGUUCCAAAUUACAAUGGAACAAGAAACCUUGACCUUCCACCCACUUCCCUAGGGAUUCCGCAAGAGUCAUUGUGUUAGUUGCUGUAAUGCAGGAAGCUUCACCAGAGGGCCACAGAGGUGGGUCAGUGCCUCUGCCACAUGCAUCAACUGAGGCAUAACCCCUUACAUCAUUCUCUCUCACACACACACACACGCACACACACAUGCACACACAGACAUGAACAUAUCUCCCACUUUCAAACCACAAUAUUGUGUCCAAAUUCCAGAAAAUGAAAAAAGAAGAAAUAUAUUUUUUCUGCCCAACUGCAUGACACACCGCUCAGCCCCUGUCCUUUGCCGAGUAUAUCCUAAAGUAAGCAGUAAAAUUCAAAAUUGUUAAAGAGGAAAAGCCACCAUUCCAUAUAUUAUGCAGUGGACCUGCUUGGCCCUGAGGCCCCACCCAGUUUGCAAUCAGCAGUGAUUCCAAGGCUCCUGGUAACACAUUCCUAACCAGAGAGGAGGAAGAAAGAAACUUGCCUCCUAGGUGGGGUCUGCUUCACGUGUCAAGUGCCUCCUACUUUACUGGUUCUGGAAAGCUCUCUGUGUCUGAAACACGGUUCUCCGAACCAACACUGUCUUUCAUGCAGGGCCCUUCUAUUAAACCCAGUUCUUGCAAAAGGAUCUGUUCUAGUGCAUGGAAGGUGAUAUGUGAGCAAUUAAAAUACAUUACAGAAAUAUUCUCUGAAAGUAUUUUUUAAGUCCCGUGAAACAUAUCAGCUCCCUAAUGAGCAGACUGUUUGCCACCUCCCUCCUGUUGCUUCUUGUUUAUGUGCAGAAAGAGGCUAGUAACAUCCAGUGGGCUUUGCAAGAGGUAGGUUGUUCAGGCCAGAAGUUAAACUAGCCUCAGUUACUUUGUGUAGAAAAUCCCAGAAAGGUUUGUGUCAGAAAGUUUAAAAAUAAUGUUACAUGAAUAUGAAAAACAGGGUAGCAAGCAGGAAGCACAGAAGGCUGGGUGGGCUGGGCGCUGAUUCUGAGGUGAGUGGAACAGAAAGUCACAGUCCUUUGAGAAGACACAGGGAAAUGAGGGUGGUCACAGAAAUACUCUGUGGGUGGGGUGCCUUUUAUUUGUGGUAGGGGGUGGUGAUACCAAUCGCAAGUUGGUAUCCUAAAGAAAAAAAGCGGUGACCCAGGCUGACAGAAGUCUGAUUUCCAGAGUAAUCAAAAACAAAGUGGAUAUGUCUUUCUUAAUGUAUGUUUGGAAGUAAACAAACACAGUAUCCUGUCAUCUCAAAGAUGUUAGCUUUGAAAUUAGGUGUUAUCGGUUUCUAAAAUGAUCACUUGGGAUUUUAAAUCGUGUCUCAGCACUAUGCCAGCAAGCAGUAUGUUGCCUUUCCGUGUUUAUGACAAUAAAA